GUAAAACUCUCGUCGGCAGAAGAUACAUCGUGGAAAAAGACUUCUGUCUCGCGAUUAGACUUGUACUUCAACAAUUCGAGGGCAAGACAGGGUAGAGAGACCCGUUCUCGGAAUUAUCUGCCUAUUGAAGUAUCAGCUGUACGAUAUAUAAAGGUUAUAUCUCGUCGAGUCCACAAAUUCUCGAUUCAAAGUUGGAAUUGAAGAGAACACCUGGAAGGACAAGUUAACUUAUCCGGCUGAUACACCCGCCUGGUACAUACAUCCAGAAUACAGAAAAUAAUACAGUGGAAACAUGGCAUCUAUGCCAUUGCACGAGGCACUAGGACCGCUGGCCUGGCUGGAGGGAACGUGGCUAUUGGAGGGUCAGGGCGAUGGCAAGUACCCGACGAUUCAAGAUUUCAACUAUUACGAGGAGUUGAGCUUCACGUCCAUGGGGCAACCCAUGUUCAACUAUACCGCGCAGAGCUAUGCCUUGGACUUGAGGAAGCCGAUGCAUCGGGAGACAGGCUUUGUGAAGGUGAACCCGGCAACUGGUCAGGUAACUCUUAUCUCGGCGCAUAGUUUUGGCCUGACGACCAUUGAAUGUGGCGAAACAUUCGACAAUGCUGUUACUUUUAACAGUACUGAUAUAACCAGGAUGGAAGGAGCGAAGAUGCCCCACGUUACUCAGGUGCGCAGGGAAUUUAAGCUCCACGAUAAUUGUUUGGAAUAUGUGCUUUACAUGGCGACGUCGAAUACUCCAGUAUUGACCGAACACUUACGAGCGAAGUACGUGAAAGCGAGCGAAGGGUUUAAAAGAUGGUAAAAGAGGUGUGAAGGGCAAUAUUUGUUAAUUUCAAUUUUUCAGCCAGAUUACAAUGUGCUCUUUGCGUCUAGAAACAUUCUGCUUUAUAUAAGCAAAUCAAAACGCGUCGAAAAUUUGUCGACAGCAUACGAUUGUACGAUGUACAAUGUACCAUUUAUCAACUUGCAUAAGUUCUUUAGAUGUAUUUAUCGCGGCUACAAAUUUCUAGACGCAAAGAACACAUUGUAGAUCGGGAUUUACUGGUUGUGAUUAUGAUUUUGCAAGUGGCACGCGUUAAUAAAAUGUUAAAACGGCAGAAAAAGUA